UUCACAACCAACUCAUAACUCACGACAAAGAAUUAAAGACGAGUAAUAAUGACAUCUAACACAUUCAUGCUUACAAUGACAGCACUGUUCGUGCUUAUUUCGCUUAACGGCGUCUUGGCUUUUGGUAGUGGAGACAUUGCAUCUACUUCUGGUCUUGAGGACCGCUGUUACAGACACGGUGAUAUUGAGAACACACUUCUCGAUCUCUUGUAUACCGUAGGAACUGGUACAUCAGGCAGUCUCAUCAAGUCCUUCAUCAAGAAGGCUGUUAGUGGAGGCAAAGGAAAGAAGUUUGACGAGAAGAACGUUAAAAGAGUAUACUUUGGAGACUGGAGUCGCGAUCUCAGUCAAGCUUUGGACGUUUCUGGUUUGAAAAUAGCAUCUCCAAAGCAGCUUACCACUGUUGUUGCGGUUCUCGGUUUCCUUUCAUUUGGUUAUGCGACACGCGAAUUCGAAGUAACCGAAGAGAGAUUAGGAACAUACCGUAAUGAAGAGCACAUCGACAAUCCAUCUGGAUAUGCCGAUGCACCAGAAGGUCCUCCAAACAAAGUCAGUGGUUACCACAAGCUUCGUGGAGAAUUACAUCGCUAACGAAGACGGAGAAUGGGAUACCAGUUCCGAGUUUAUUAGGAAAAACCUCGUCGCUUGUGUCGAAUUGGGUAGACGCGCCAGACAGGAUGAUAAUGACGAACAAAUGUGGGAGGCUCUUCGUCUCCUUGGUACCGCUUUGCACACUCUUGAAGAUUAUGCUGCUCACUCUAACUUCAUCGAGGUUGCGCUCCAAUCAUUGGGCUAUGAAAACGUCUUCACACAUGUUGGUGAGAAUGUAAGAUUCGACAGUCCAAACGGUAAGAAGGUAUCUCCGAUCGUUACAGGAACAUUUGGUGGUCUCGACUUCUUCCACAGUAUGUGCGGUGAAGUUUCAGAUAAGCUUUCUUCAAAUGGAGUUGGUGACUUGUCUACUAAGCUCUCCCAAAGCAAGGAUAGCAAUGUUGACAAUAUUAGAAAGAUCAUCACCAAGUUACUCAAGUCUAAGGACAAGGGCGAAAAAGAUGACAGUGAUGACGGUCAUGCAGACGCUGAUCAAAAGGUCAACAGACUCGAAGAGAUUCGCAAGCAUGCUAAAGAUAAUACCAACAUGAAUGAGGACGAAUUCCAUAGCAUGGUUAUGGAAGUCCUUACUAUCCAUGACGAUAUCACUCGCGCUAUCGAAGCAGUUAUGGACAAAAUUCCGUUCAUCAAUGAGCUCCUUGAUGAAGCCUCAAAUACACUUCAAGUCUUCAUCUACUCAACCAUUGAGCCAGUCCUUUCACCUAUCUUGAAGAAUCUUAAGGAUGCUAUGUUCGAAGUUUCAGCAGGUGUCAUCGAUGAUCACAGUCAACGUAUUGUUUUCAAUGAUCCAAACGCCAGUGACCCAACACACUCUAUGCUUGCGAAGGAUCACUUUGGAAACAUCCUCAACGGUCCAGCUGGUCGUUUAGCCAAGGUUGUCAUUACACAUGCUGUUAACACCGUCGUCAAAGAUGGUUGGGAUGGUGAUAGGGAUCCAAGAUCAAUUGCGGAUGAUUGUAUUCAAGCUCUUCAUCAUCCAGACUUCCAAAAUGGAUCCCAGAUCCAGAAGGACAUGGUCAACUUCGUCAAAGAGUGGAUAGAAUCACAAGGUAACGAAAAGAAUGAAGUCUUGAAAAGAUUAGAGAAAGACAGUGUCCUCGAGCACCGCAACACUACAGACAACCUUUCUGGAGGAUCCGCAGCCCCUAAUGACCAAGAAAAAUAUGGUCAAUACCACGGUGCUCGCCAAGGUCUUCAAGGACUUGCUGCUUCUGGUACCCUUGACAAGGUUCCUGGCGGCAAGGAGUUGAGCGAGGGUAUGAAUGCCUUGCAUAUGGGUGGUGCAGACAAGAAUAUGUCUGUCGAACGCUCCAAGAACAACUCAAGCGGACACCAAUCCGGCAACCAACAUCCUUCAGGAAAAACCCAACACCAAUCCUCUGGCUAUGGUGGUGGCUCAACCUAUGGUUCUUCAGGUGGCUACGGUGGAUCCGGCAACGACCACUCUUCAGGCAGACACCAACAAUCCUCUGGCUACGGCUCUACCGGUGGAUACGGUGGAUCCGGCAACGACCACUCUUCAGGCAGACACCAACAAUCAUCUGGCUACGGCUCUACCGGUGGCUACGGUGGAUCCGGCAAUGACCACUCUUCAGGCAGACACCAACAAUCCUCUGGCUAUGGUGGCGGUUCAACCUAUGGUUCUUCAGGUGGUUACGGUGGAUCCGGCAAUGACUACUCUUCAGGUAGACACCAACAAUCUUCUGGCUAUGGUGGUGGCUACGGUGAAUCUGGCAAUACCUACGGCAGCUCAAGCCAUGGCUCAAACACCGGGUAUGGUUCAUCUAACACUCAUGGCUCUAGCUACGGUCUUGGUGGUGAUUCCGAUCAGUACACUUCUCGUAACGGUGGCUCCUACCGUAGCGGUAAUGAGUACGGCAGCGGUCAAAACUCAUAUGGUUCAAGCCGUCAUUACUAAAUUGAUAAAGAAGUACCUGCCAAACAACUCUAGCUUGGAAAACUUAAAAAAAAUAUUUGCUUUACUCUUGACUGAACUUUUUAUACACGAUUUUCUUUCAUAUUCUAUGAUGUAACACAUAUUGAUGAUAG